CCGGUUAGUCCAGCUGUUAUCUUAUUUUGUUGUUAAUUGCAUAACUUUAUUUAUUUAAUUUAUUUAUUAAACAAAUAACUUAAUAACGCAGAAUUCCAGAAAAAUGUUGAGCCGAACUUUUGUCUUGCUGAGAAAUCUAAACGCUUUGCGUUAUGGAGCCGUAGCAAAAAUUGUCGAAACCCGACCCUUGGCAAAUAACGUAACUCCCAUAACAUUUGCCAAGCAUUUUUGUUCCAACCCAAUCAACAUCCCAGUUGUUUCCUAUGAGGAAAUUAAACAAUUGCCCAAGCAACCCGAAAAACUCUUGAUUGAUGUGCGAGAACCCAAGGAGCUGCAAGAGACUGGACAAAUUCCCACUUCCAUUAACAUACCAUUGGGUCAAGUGGCCACAGAAUUAGCGGACAAUGUAGAUGCUGGCGCUUUCAAAGCAAAAUAUGGUCGAGAUUUUCCCACAAAGAAUACUGAGAUUAUAUUCCAUUGUAAAAUCGGCAGACGUUCCCAGAAUGCAGCAGAAAUUGCCUAUAAAUUAGGUUUUGAAAAGAGUAAAAAUUAUUUGGGCUCCUGGACGGAAUGGGCCGAGAAGGAGGGAUUACCAAAGUAGAGAAUCAAAAUUGAAUGUAAAUUAAAGUUGGAA